UUUGCAGGUAUCAAAGCAAAACCCUCAUAACUUCUCUUCUCGUCUCUCUAUCUCCCCCUUUCUGAAACAUUUUCGAGAAAACCAAAGGAAGAGUAAUGACUUCGUUGAAGAAACCGAACGGAGAUGAUCGGUCUGGUAAUCGGAAGAGAAAAAACUCCAGUGACAGUUAUUUUGAAGCCGAGGAGUGCGACGAAGGCGAGAUAAAGGUAAUGACCGCCACCGGUAAGAUCAUCUCACUCACUGUCAAAGGCUCAGACACCAUUGCCCGCAUUAAACACGAGAUCGAGGCCGAGGAAGGUAUUCCGUGCCGCCAGCAGGAACUGAUCUUUGAUGAAAUGAUUCUUCAGGACACCGAUAUCAUAGGGAACUUGGGCAUCGAGAAGGAAUCCACCACCCUCAAACUCAUGCGUAACUCAAAGGGAUUUAUGAAUAUAUUCGUCAAGACCACCGGCUCCUCUCCUACGACUUUGUCUAUUGAAGUCACACCCUCGGACACCAUCGCCAAAGUGAAGGCCAACGCUAUCGAAAAAGUGAAGGCCAAGAUGCUUGAUGAUCGCGUUGGGAAAGUUCUCAUCUUUAAUGACAUUGUCCUCGACGAUAAUGACACGCUUGCUGACUUGAAUGUUAUUAACGGAUCCACCCUUACAAGCAUUCACAAAUCUGUGGACUUGUCCUAUAUGGAAAUAUUUGUGAAUAUUUACACAGGAAAGACCAUCAGUUUGUUAGUCAACCCGACAUGCUCCAUUGAUGAUGUGAAAUCGAUGAUCCAGUCGAAGGAAGGUAUUUAUUACGAGGAGCAGGUGCUGAUCUUCAAUGAAUUGGUUCUUGAGGACAGUGGGACCCUUUUCGACUUCCACGUCAACAGGAAAUCGACCCUCACGCUUAUGCGUAGAUCAAAGGGAUAUUCCGAAUCCCUGAAGAUAUUCAUCAAGUUGCUCACUGGAGAGAUCUUUACUCAUAUAGUCAAAUCGUCAGACACUGUCCGUAGCGUAAAAGCCAAAAUUCAGGAUAAGGUGCAUAUUCGCCGUCAUGAGCAGGAGUUGAUCUUCAACGAGAUUAUUCUCUGCGACGAUGACACUCUUGCUAGUUAUAACAUCAACAAUGAAUCCACACUCACAGUUAUGCGUGUAUCACCGGGAUUCAUGCCUAUAUUCAUCAAGACCCUCACCGGAAAGACCAUUACUCUGGAAGUUGAAUCCUCUGACACCAUCCUAAAUGUGAAAACCAAGAUCCAAAAUCGGGAAGGUAUUCCCCCCGACCAGCAGAGGCUGGUAUUAAGUAUCGGAAACACCGGAAAGCUACUAGAUCAGGAUCGCCUUACCCUUGCUGACUACGACGUCCACAAGGAAUCAAUCAUCCAUCUUGUUUUAAGAUUAAGGGGAUGAUGAAGGUAAUAGAUUAGAGCAGCGUAUCUUAUUAUUCGUUAGUAUGGUAAAAAGACGAUGUCUUGUGUCUUUUGAUGUAGCUCUCUUUUGUAAACUUAUUGUCUACAAGCAUUUGAUAUAGUUCGAAGCUUCACUUCAACAAUGUUAAUUACAUUUAACCAUAA